AUGAAGGAAACUACUCACAAGUUUGCUGAAAACUCUUCGAUAGCCCCAUAUAGUGUUCUUUUUCUUCUUCAAAUUCUGAAUUCUGCCGGAGGAAGUUCUCCUCCUGGAUCAACCGAAGGAAGCACGAAGGCUGAGAUACUGCCAGGGUUCCCAAGCUUAGGCAAGACCAGUCGAGAUAUGGAGCGUUUUAUCCGAACACAACCUACAAGCACACACGGCAAAACCAAGGAUGAUUUAGUCCUGGAAGGGGCUGUGUUAACUAAAUACUGCCUUUGCACCCGUCAUUGGAAGCCUACUACAGCAUUCUUCAUCGGUCUUCAAGCUACUUUUGAUCCCAUGAACCGAUGCACACCUGAAGAGCUGGAUAUCUCGUUUGUGAAACGGGUCUUUCACCAAAUGCUACGAUCGUUCGUGCUGUCGUUCAGCUGUCACACCCAUCCGAUGCCUAGCUCCCAUGUCACCCGGAGGAAGAACGAGGGCUGGGAUACUGUCAGGUUGCCCAAGCCUAGACAGGCGAAUUCGAGAGGCAGAGGUCGGGUUCGAACCCCGGACCUUCCGUUCAGUAAAUUCUCGACCUUCUUACUGACCCAUCUAACUUUCUCACACGGAUCUAUUGUGGUCAGAAUGGUGGCUCUGUUCGUUUCUUACCUAAUA